GUAGAGAACUGUUCAAAGAAAACAACCGUUAGAGCGGAAAGUGAAAAAAAUAAUUGCCGAGUAUCACAGCUAUUUGAACCACAAUCGGGAUUUCACACAGCAGGGCUCGAUAUGGAAGAACUGCUUAAAUCUAAGAUUGAGAAGCUGGAAGAAAAACUUGGAUCAGUUGAAAUUCAGUAUUUCAAAAGUGACUGCGUUACGAUUACUGAAGAAUUAAAAACUGGAGGAGAGUCAACUGUUUUCAGUGGUCAAAUACGCACAAAUUGUGGAUUAGUUUUACCCUGUGCAAUAAAGCAGUAUAACUGCAACAAUGAUGAAUCUCUCAAGUAUAUCAUGUCAGAAACUGAAAUACUUGUUUCUUUAUAUCAUAAUCAUCCUACUUUUUCAAACUUCUUUAUUCGCUUUUUUGGAUUAACCGUUUUGAAUGACAAGUAUUGCUUGCUAAUGGAGAAAGGUAUAAGUGAUUUAUUGUCUUUCAAAAAGAAGUAUGGAAUGAAAAGAGAACUAGUUUAUGAAGUAACGAGUAAACUAUUAAGAAUUUUACAUUUUCUUCAUAGCAAUGAUAUUGUUCACCAUGAUCUAAAACCAGAAAACAUUUUGAUAAAACAUAUUCAGAAGAAAGACAGAAAUGAAAUAUCUGAUUUAGAUAUAUGUCUCAUUGACUUUAGUAUGACUAAAAAACUUCCCUCAAAGUUAAAAAGAAUCUGGACAGAGGAUUGUAAUGGUACACAAGGUUAUCAAGCACCUGAAUUAAUAAAAAUUGGUACAACCUACGACCAACUCAUUGAUAUUUUUGCAUGUGGUGUUACGAUUUGCGUUCUUUUAACAGAUACUAGCACACAGGAUGUCAAGGAGCUAUUGCAACAAAUUCACAAUGAUGUUUUAAAAGAUUUAAUCGGAAAAAAUAUCUUGUCUAAAUUUAAGUUGAAAGUUAACCAAAAAAUUUCAAAACUUUUAAUUUCCAUGCUAGGAGAAAAAGAGAAAAGAAAAAAGGUUCAACUUUUAGAAGCCAGUGGCGUUUUUAAGAAGGCGGCUGAUGAAAUUGUUCAACUCUCUUACAAUCCACCAACACCACCAACAUCAGAUGAAGAUGUAUUUGUUCAACGUCCAAAGCGAAAGAGGCUAAAUAAUCAGCAGCCUGCUUCUCGACUUCUUCGAUCUGGUCGUGUCUGUUAA